AUGGCCAAAGUGCUGGAGCCCCUGUGGGAUCCAGCAUGGACCAGUCCGCAGCUGCGUGAAGACCCCACCACGGGAACCAGCGCUGGAAAUGAAACCGCUGCCACGGCCUCGCUGCUGGUGGGCGGCAGCGCGCGCGUCGGGGAGGUCCAUCCCGGAGGAGGCAAAGCUUCUGGGAGCACAACAGGCACCCCCAUGCUCACAGCCACAACCACAGAAACCAAAGACACCAGCAACACGGCAGCCACCGGAGUCACCGGAGCCCCCGGAUCCCCCAGCAGUGCCAAGCCACCGACGGAGACGUCCGCUGCGGCCAUGUUCCUGGCAUCCAGCCCCACCUCCCCGGGGCUCAGCAGCGAGUCAACGAGCCCACAGCCCAGCCGAGGCCCCACGCUGGGCACCCCCUCAGUGCCCAACCACACAAGACAAGGGGUCCCCACAAGCCAGAGCCCAGCAACUCAACCCAGCGUGACAGCAGAAACCCCAGGGUCCACGUUGGCUCUGAUGAGCUCAUCUGUCACCUCGGGGGAUCCUCCCAUCUUGGCCACCACGAUGCCACCGCACACGGACAGUGACAAGCCCAUCACAUGCUACAACGUCAAAGAAUUGAACGACACCGGAGCCAUCUGCUUGCAGCUCAACGAGUCCAGCACUUGCAACCAUUUUUUAGAGAUGAAGGGCUCGGAAUUAUGGAAUGCAAUCUGUGAAGAGAACAGCCACCGUGUUCCCUCCCCCUGCCAGAUUAUACUCGCUAAAUCCGAGGUGGACCGUGACUGUAUGCUGCUCAUCCUCGUCGGCGAGAGAGAUCCUGCUACAGAUAUGCUCCCGCCGUCUCACUGGGAAAAGUUUGGAAUAAAAUCCCUUAAACGGGGGAGCGUGAGGAACCGCGAAGACUUCUCUCAGAAGACCCUGAUCGCCUUGGUCACAUCUGGACUCCUGCUGGCGUUCCUGGGCUUGGCUGGAUAUUUCCUGAUGAAGCGGCGGAGCUGGAGCCCGGCGGGAGAGAGGCUGGCUGAAGACCCAUAUUACAUGGAAAACGGUAGCCAGGGAAACACGAUGUUGAUGACGCCCUCCCAAGAGCAACCUGAGCUGCAGGAGAAGCCAAACCUCAACGGCGGAGCUCAGGAGAACGGGACCGGCCAGGCGUCCUCCAAGAACGGCCACUCCGCCAGGCAGCACAGUCCCGCCGACACCGAAAUGUGA